AUGGCACACGGAAAUUCCGCAUUAGCCAACUGUAAAGAGUAUCAAAAAUCACGUUUGGCCCAGCAUCAAGUCACUUUGGGAGGUAGGCUGCUACCAUUUGGAGUAGGCAAGACGGAUUAUCGGCGAUGCUGCCCAAUUGGGCUGUCCAAAACAGCACAGACCGCAGCCUCAAUUCGGUCAGGGGCUCAACGAGCGUCAAAACCAGAAUGUACGACAAAGGAGAAUUGGCCACUCGAGCACCCGACUUGGAUGCCUCUAAGUUCUCAGGAUUUAUAG